CGUCUUUGUCUGGAGUUCUUGACCUUGUGUCUGUGUCUGUGAUGUCAACGUCAAAUUAAAACGUCAGUCAGUGGCAGUUUUUGUAAAAAGAAGUCUUUUUCCGGCUGCCAUUGCUACUGUGCUUCACGUUUAUUAACCUCUGCCUAAAACGUGUUGAAAUAAUACAUUAAACUCUUCUCACAAUGGCUGAACAACGCGAAAGGACCUUCAUCAUGGUGAAGCCCGAUGGCGUACAACGUGGACUCGUCGGCGAAAUAAUUCAAAGGUUUGAGAAAAAAGGCUUCAAGCUGGUGGCUCUGAAAUUCACAUGGCCGUCCGAAGAACUCCUCCAGAAUCACUACAGCGAUUUGGCGUCACGACCAUUCUUCCCAGGUCUCGUUAAGUACAUGAGCUCAGGGCCCGUCGUUCCCAUGGUGUGGGAAGGACUUAACGUUGUAAAGACUGGCCGUCAAAUGCUCGGUGCGACCAAUCCUGCGGACUCUCUACCUGGCACAAUCCGAGGCGAUCUUUGCAUUCAAGUUGGACGCAACAUCAUCCAUGGCUCAGACAGUGUUGAAUCUGCUAACAAAGAAAUUGGUCUCUGGUUCACUGAAAAGGAAGUUGUUGGAUGGACCCCGGCUGCUGAAAACUGGGUUUACGAAUAAACUUUAAAAAUGAAAUUCCAUUACUUGUACUGUAUUUAAUGAAAUAAACUAAUUAUUUAACUGC